UCGUUAGUCCCAGGUAUGUUCAGUUCUUACCGCAGAUCUUGGGAAUGUCUGGAAUUCUUACAUUAUGCUCCUUCGCGCGACUUAUGGAAAGUUGUGCUUCCUGGUUACGAUGGUUGGGCAGUGUCGCGAUUUAGCCAGCCACACAAAACGAGCGGCGUAUCGCCAGCCUUACUUUGGACCAGCAUUGCAACUUUCAGACCACUUAUAGUAAGGAUAGUGGCAACGCACCCAUGCAGCUAGUGGCACUCCUGUUGCCCCCAAUAAAGGGCUUGUACGGAAACUGUUUAAAGACAGCCUGCAACCUGGCUUGCCACAACGAGUUUUUCAAGCUAACUCUAUCGCAAACGCUCUUGGUACUCGGCCACACCAUACGAACCCACGAACCCACAAUCUGAUCUGGUAGCCACGUCCGGUAUAUUGCAGCCUAGAUACACCCACCGAAAUCGCUAUCGAUUGCAAUGUCCGGCGCUGAGGCUGCGUUCGUUGUUGGCCUCAUUUCAGGCCUGAUCUCGAUCAUCGAGGCAACUAAAACGAUAUAUGAUGCCGCUAAAGACGCGAAGGGUCAGCCCGAGGCAUUUCGCCUGGUGCAUGCACGACUAGUCCUAGUGAUCGCAAUCCUGGACAGAGCUAGAGAGAGGGCACAGAUGGUCGACGAGACGACGCAGGAGACAUUGGAACCCAUUCUGGAAUCAUGCAAGGCGAAGGCUGAGAACCUCAACAAAAUAUUCAAGAAGGUUAUUCGGAAGGAUGACGACAAGUGGUACGAUCGAUACAAGAAAGCCCUCGGUACGCUAAGGAAAGAGUAUAAAGUGGAGUGUUUAAUGGAAGAGAUAUUGAAGGACAUCCAAGUGCUUGUAUGCGAGAGGCUGAUGGGAACCGCUACUGAUGCCCAAGUAAAGGAGAUACAAGAGGCUAUUAAGGAAAUGAACGAAAUGCCUUCUUCUCUCCAGGACGAGGCUGGGAGUGUCACCCAAAACCAUCAAGGCACUGGUAACAAUAAUGCUAACACUGGUAGAGGAGCCCAGCAUAAUGGAAUUGGGGAUCUCUAUCACAAUGAGAUCAAGGGUGACGCGCAUUUUGGCAGCAACCCCACUUUCAAUAAUUAUGCCGCUCCUAGUGAGUUGCAAAGGGUCCAACCUAACAAGCUAGCGGGUGCUAACGACGGCCCCACCAUAGAGCGACCAGAGACCCCACCGAACCCGUCGGUCGUCAUACCCUUCAGUCGCGACACAGAUUUUGUCGAGCGAGGGACAAUACUUGAUCAGAUCUACCAGAAAUGCGAUGUAUUGGGGUCUCGGACCGCACUCGUUGGCCUGGGCGGCGUCGGCAAGUCGCAACUCGCCAUCGAAUAUGCCUACCGAACCCGAGACCGAUCGCUUGAAACGUGGGUUUUCUGGGUCCAUGCAAGCAACACGGCUCGGUUUGAGCAGAGCUUUCGGGAUAUUGCAAACUGCGUCAAGAUCUCCGGCCGGCAAGAUCCAAAGGCCAAUAUAUUCCAACUUGUGCACGACUGGCUGCACAACGAUAGGAAAGGGCCGUGGGUCAUUAUACUUGAUAAUGUGGAUGAUGCUAGCUACCUCGUUGAGCGUCGAAGCACCGGUCAGGAUGUGCAAAAUAACGGCAUAGGCAGUGGGAACUUACGACCGCUCGUGGAAUAUCUUCCGCAGUGCCCAAAUGGAUCGAUUCUUAUAACAACAAGAAGCAAAACUGCAGCGCUAAAGCUAGUUAAACCGCGGAACAUAAUCGCAAUCGAACCAAUGAGCCAGAUAGAUGCGCUAGCACUCUUUAGGAAUAAGCUUGGCGGGAAUGAUGGUGGACAUGACGCUAGCCAGCUUGUUGCAGAGCUCGAGUUUAUGCCGCUUGCUAUUGUUCAAGCAGCUGCAUACAUCUCCGAAUUAGCGCCCCGAUGUUCUAUACGACAGUACCUUCAAAUGUUUCAAAAGAGCGACAGCAAAAGAUCGAGUCUCUUAGAGUACGAAGCCGAAGAGCUACAGCGAGACUCAGAGGCCAAAAACUCCAUCAUCAUUACAUGGCAAAUAUCGUUCGAUCAUAUCUGUGAGAUUAGGCCGUCAGCCACUGAUUUGUUGUCUCUUAUGUGUUUUUUUGACCGACAAGGAAUUCCUGAGGCUCUACUUCGAAGUCAAAGCGUGCAGAGCAACUCGGUGCAAGACCAGAACGAGAGCGACGGUGAUAAACAUGUUAAUAGCGAUACUAAUUAUGACGAUGACGGUAACGAUGAAGAUGACGAUGAAGAUAACCUAACACAGUCUAGUGUGAGUGAUGGGUUUGAAAGCGAUGUCGCAGUAUUACGAAACUACUCGUUCGUCUCUGUCAAUGCAGACGGCAUAACCUUCGAAAUGCACAGGCUGGUGCAGUUAGCCACGCGAAAAUGGCUUGAAGCCCAUGGGCAGCAAAAGAGGUGGGAACAGCAGUUUAUCAGGAAUCUUAACGCGGAGCUUCCGACUGGAGAGUACGAGAAUUGGGUGAGGUGUCAGACGUAUUCCCCGCACGUGCAAAUAGCGGCAGCACAGAAGCCAAAGGAACAAGCCUCUUUAAGAGACUGGGCUUCGAUACUAUUCAAGGCAGCAUGGUAUGCGUGCAGAAUGGAGAAAGGAAUAGAGGCAGAGAAGAUGUCUAUUGAGGCAAUGAAAGUUCGACAGAGGAUUCUGAAUCGAGAGCACAAUGAUACGCUAGAAAGUAUGGCAAUGGUAGGCUUAGCGUAUAAGAUUAGGGGCCGAUGGGAUGCUGCGGAAGAGCUAGAGGUGCAAGUGAUGGAGAUGAUGAAGGAGAAACUCGGCGAGGAUCAUCCACACACGCUACAGAGCAUGGGCAACCUAGCAUUGACGUACGGGAAUCAAGGGAAGUGGGACGCUGCGGAAGAGCUAGAGGUGCAGGUGAUGGAGAUGAUGAAGGAGAAACUUGGCGAGGAUCAUCCAGACACGCUGACUAGCAUGUGCAACCUAGCAUUGACGUACGGGAAGCAAGGGAAGUUGGACGCUGCAGAAGAGCUAGGGGUGCAAGUGAUGGAGAUGAUGAAGGAGAAACUCGGCGAGGAUCAUCCACACACGCUAUGGAGCAUAGGCAACCUAGCAUUGACGUACGGGAAGCAAGGGAAGUUGGACGCUGCAGAAGAGCUAGGGGUGCAAGUGAUGGAGAUGAUGAAGGAGAAACUCGGCGAGGAUCAUCCAGACACGCUAUGGAGCAUAGGCAACCUAGCAUUGACGUACGGGAAUCAAGGGAAGUGGGACGCUGCGGAAGAGCUAGAGUUCUAUCAACAAUUCAACGUCAAUGCCUUUGACAAAUGCAGAGUCGAGCGCCUUAUCACUAAUUGA